GCGCUUCCAAUUCAGCAGACUCUGCUAGUCAAAUGCCGAUCACGCAGUUGAAGAACCGCAAAAUGGCGCAGGCUAUAUUUGAGGUACUUGAAGGCAUGGACAAUCAGACAGUACUGGCGGUCCAAUCAUUGCUGGACGGUCAAGGAGGUGUUCCUGACCCAAACAACCAAAACGUCUCCGGCACACCAACUAUCCAGUCUAUGGAUGACGAAGAUGUGUUCUUGUGCGGGAAGUGUAAGAAGCAGUUCAAUUCCCUGCCGGCCUUCAUGGCACACAAACGGGAGCAGUGCCAGUCGAGUGCCCCCUCCCUGUCCACUGUGUCUUUGGCCUCCACCAAUGCUUACACACCGGUUCCCUCCAUCACGUCAGGACCUCAAACUAAUGCCAACAGGCAGGUGUCCACCUACAUCACAGUUCCACCCUCCCCUCUAACACACACGCUGGUUCAAGGAAACGUGCUGGUCAGUGAUGACAUUCUUAUGUCUGCCAUCUCAGCGUUCACCUCCAUUGACCAGCCAAUGACCGCCAUGCAAACGCCCGUACAGAGUAACCCAAGCAUGCACACAACUGGUGUAUCAUAUCUUCAGCACCACCACCACCACCACCAUCAUUCUCAUCAUCCUCAACAGCAGCCCUGCCACACACUUGCUCCGAGCCAGACGCCGGCCCACCCGCCGCCGGCAGGACAACCCAGCCAGCAGCCUCUCACCUCUUCGCAUGUCCCCGCCAACCACGGCAACUCGGUAGUUCAGGUCUACAGCACGCUGCCCCACAUGGUCGGUGGCGGUAGUGCGGAGAUUCACGCACUGAAUCUGCAUCCAUUCCAUCCUGUACAAGUGCCCAGUCAGUGUGUGGAGAGCCAAUCAUUCACCACGCCUCCUGUCUACAGUCCGGGAAAGCUGGGCAUCAAAACAAAGACGUGCAGCAUCACCACCAACACAACAGAGUUGGGCGAGUUUGAAAAACUCAUUGGCCCCAAACGACCAACAAGUAGCAAAAAAAGUGCAGAUGGUGUCGUAGCAGAGUCGCUGAAAUCCAAAGGACCGAAGCUGAAGUGUAAUUUCUGUGACAAAAUCUUCUCCAAAAACUUUGACCUUCAGCAGCACAUUAGGAGUCAUACAGGAGAGAAACCAUUUCAAUGUAUCGUUUGCGGUCGAGCCUUCGCCCAAAAGUCCAAUGUGAAGAAACAUAUGCAGACACACAAGGUGUGGCCCAUGGGCGUGGCCAGCACGGUGUCAAGGCUGCCAGUCACUGUAAAGGUCGUGCCGGUGUCAGCCAAUGCGGAGGCGGCCGGCGGGGAUCAGCAGCAUCAGCAGCAGUGUGACCAGGAGGAGGCGGACCCCCAGCACCAGGCAAUGCAGGAAGACGACACAGCCCCAAUGGCUUUGGCCACAGAAACAUCAGGGGAAGCUGAGGAAAGCGUAUCAGAGGCCCAGGCUGAUGUGGAGAGCACUUGCGGCGAGUCUCUGACCUCUCAGCCUCCGAACCAAGAGAGUCCAGCUCAGACGAAACAGAUUGUGGUGGUCGACAGCUCCUACCAGUGCCAGUUCUGCUCGAGCAAGUUCAAGACAUACUUCCAGCUCAAAUCCCACAUGACCCAACACAAGGGGGAGCAGGUUUACAAGUGUGUGCUCAAGUCCUGCUCCCAGACCUUCCAGAAACUGGAUCAGUUCCUGGAGCACAUCAGGACUCACCAGGAGCAGCUGACCUACCGCUGUCACCUCUGCAGCAAGGUGUUCCCCUCUCUGUUUGAACUGGGAGUCCACCAGUACUCCCACUGUUUCUGCCCGCAGCAGAACACACGCAAGGAAACCACAUUCUACAGGUGUGUGAAAUGUCAAAGCAAAUAUUCUACCCAAGAAGCUCUGGAGCAACACCUACUGACAGCCUCACACAACUUCCCAUGCCCACACUGUCAAAAGGUGUUCCCAUGCGAGAGGUACUUCAGACGCCAUCUACCCACUCAUGGUGUUGGAGGGAGGUUUAAGUGUCACAUCUGCAAGAAAGUCUUCAAGACAGAACACUACCUCAAACUACACACAAGGAUUCACUCGGGUGAGAAGCCGUACAAAUGUUCCGUGUGUGAAGCCACUUUCAACAGGAAGGACAAAGUCAAGCGCCACAUGCUCAUUCAUGAACCCUUUAAAAAAUACAAGUGUCCUUUCAGGACUCAUGUAGGUUGCACGAAAGAAUUCAACAGACCGGACAAGCUAAAGGCACACAUUCUGUCACAUUCAGGCAUCAAGCCCUUCAAGUGUCUCUUCUGUCAGAAGGCGUUCAGUCGCAGGGCUCACAUGCUGGAGCACCAGCAGUCCCACACGGACAAUUAUCGCUUCCGGUGCUCCGCUUGCAACAAAGGCUUCUCCAGACAGAGUUACUAUAGAGACCACAAAUGUUCAGGGGCGGGGACCGACAAGAGACAAGAAGGCGAAACCGCAGAGGAAUACGUGGGGCGAGACAGAGGGGACGAGCGAGCCGGGAGAAGGAGCUGCGCUCGUUUUACGAGGCAGGCGGGGAGAUUAAGGACUGCCAGACAUGAGGUUCGGGAAGAAGACAACCAGGAGGAGGCGGGAACAGACGCGGAUGAUGGAGAGCGGGACUCAACAGAUGACGGCGGUCAAGCUACGGUGGCCAUGGCUGCCAUCGAAGUUGAGGGGAUUGAAGGAGAUGCAUCACAGUAGAUAUCUAGAGCCACUCCUGAACCUGUUUCCUCCUACCCUAUGUUUGGGGAUUUUAAGAAUCAAUCAGGAAAUGUUUACUGGAUGUCCAAUGAAUAUUUUGUUUUAUAUUAAAACAUUAAAAAUGAAACUAUACAUGCUUAUAAACAAUAAUGUGAGCAUUAGUCUUUAAUCCGCUUGACUCACUUUGUUUCUUCUACAUGGGUAGGGCAGGAACUCCCAUUUAUUUUUAUAGGUUUGAGUUGCACACCAUGCACAGAACAAAACACACACACGUGAACUAGUUCCCUGUGCUGUGUGCAACACAACAUACAUCGUCUUUUUCCUAUUGAGUCAUUAUUACUAUAAUAAAUUAGAUUUCAUUUCCUAGUCAAAAACCUAAGCACGCUUAUAAUCCCUUCAUUAUAUAAUAACGAAGGGAUCAAUGACUGGCUUUAGUACAAACUGAAUCUGACACAAAAGUCUAAGAUUUGAAGAGAAAACAAAAGAACCCCCAAACUGAUGGAAAUUUUUUUUGGGGGGGUGGGGGGGUGGAGGUGCACUAAUUCUCAUCCCUGCAGCCCCAGCUCCUUUUCAUGGUUUAGAAUCUGACCAAAAGAUGCCUUCUUGUGGCCAGGCUGACACACAAACACACACAUUGUGUGUGUAAAUGGUUGUUAGAGGAAAAAUGCAUGAAUAUAUUUGUCAGAUUAAGUUAAAGGUAAAAAGUAGUAACAUUGGGAAAAAAACAAACCAAUCACGGACAUCUUCCGCGGUGGUUACAUUAACAUAUAUUGUGACUGAAGUAGAUAUACUACACACGAGACUAAACACACAGCUUUGAUUUAAUUUUUUUAAUUUAAUUAAGGUGACCAUUUAAUUCUCCCCCACCCCACGUUUCAUAAACAUCAGAAAUUAGAAAUGGGAAGGAAAAAUAUAGUGAUACUAUAAACCUCUUAUUUUUUUCAAUUAUGAAAG